AUGGGUAGCUCUAUUUCAAGGGCUUUAGGUAAAGUAUUUGGCUCAAGAGAGAUGAAAAUCUUGAUGCUAGGUCUAGAUAAUGCCGGGAAAACUAGUAUAUUAUAUAAACUAAAAUUAAACAAAGUUAAAACACAUGAAGCGCCAACUGUUGGUUUCAAUGUAGAGACUGUAUCAUACAAAAAAGUUAAAUUCAAUAUGUGGGACGUCGGUGGACAAGAAAGAUUGCGACCACUUUGGAGACAUUAUUAUCCUGCUACAAAUGCUUUAAUUUUUGUUAUUGAUAGUUCCGAUAGAAGCAGAUUAAAUGAAGCCAAGGAGGAAUUGUAUAAUAUUAUUGGUGAAAAGGAAAUGCAAAAUGUUACUUUACUAGUAUUGGCUAACAAGCAAGAUUUAAAAACAGCUAUGAAGCCACAAGAACUAUCUAAGUACCUGGAAUUAGACAAAAAUAUAAAGAAAAAUAGACAAUUAUGGUGUUGUGUUGGGAGUAAUGCUUUGACUGGUCAAGGUUUAGUAGAGGGUUUAUCUUGGAUUGCUAAUAAUACCAAAUAA